GUGUGUGUGUAGAGCUAGAAGAGUUCAGCUCAGCCUGUAUAACUGUGUACUCACUGUAUUCUCUUAUAAGCGGGUUAAAGAAUUAUACACUGUGAGAAAUAUACUCUAAAAUCCAGGUCUCGAAUCAGCCAAUCACGUGCCGCUUCUAAUCUCUGCUUAAUUAAUAUUCAUGAGCUCGCCUCACUUCCCUGACCUGGUGUGUUUGCAUGUGUUUUUUUGGCUGAGGUGAGCAGAAGUCGACUUCCUGACUCUUUUGUUUUGGGAUUUUCCCUGGAAAGACGGCACGCACGAGGCGGUACAGCGGAUGUUUUAGUGUCUGCACUGGAGAUUUAGAAAGAGAAACACUCCAGUUGGGAAUUAUAUUUCAGCUUUAAUCUCUCCUUCAGCCGGAACUGAGAGGAAAACUGCAGCUGUUCGGGCAGAAUGAACUGCUUUUUAAUACCGUGUGUGAAAUACCUGCUGCUUAUCUUCAACCUUCUCUACUGGCUGGCAGGUACAGUUGUGUUGGCUGUGGGUCUCUGGCUCAGGUUUGAUCCCAGGACUAAAAACCUGUUUGAAGGUGACGACUCUCCGAGUGGCUUCUACACAGUGGUGUGCAUCCUCAUAGCCAUAGGAGGAUUGAUGAUGCUGGUCGGGUUCCUCGGUUGCUGCGGCGCCAUUCAGGAGUCGCUGUGCAUGCUGGGAUUGUUUUUCUUCUUCCUCCUGCUUAUCUUUGUUGUGGAAGUGGCCAUUGGGAUUUGGGGAUUUUCCAUCCAGAGUAAGGUUGUUGAUGAUGUCACCCAGUUCUACAAGGAAACCUACAAGAAAUACAAAGAGGACAGACAGGAUGCUCUGCGAGAGACCCUGCAUCUGAUCCAGAACGGGCUGAACUGCUGUGGACCCUUCAGCUCCGAGGACACGGACACUCCCGAGGAGACGUGUCCUGAGCGCGAGGGCCUGGAAGUGCUCAUCACCAAGAGCUGUCCUGAUGCUAUUGAGAAAUUCUUCACCUCUAAACUCCACAUCAUUGGCGGUAUUGGGAUCGGAAUCGGAGUGAUCAUGAUCUUGGGCAUGAUCUUCAGCAUGAUGCUGCUGUGUGCCAUCAGGAAGAGCCAGGAGAUCGUCUGAGGGGCGUUUAUGCCCAACUCUGCCGUAUUCGUGUUGCAUGAUUUCCAUCCCGAAGCUCUCGCUGUCACCGCCGGCUCUGCGCAGCUCGCCUCUGAUGGGUGGGAAUUUCACUUUUCACAGUUUAGCUCUAUGAUCGGCUCAUACCAUGAACAACGAAGCUGUAGAUUUAGUCGAGUUUGUGGAGCUCGUUGGAAAAUAGAUUUUUUCACUGUUAAUGUCAGAACUGACAAUUAUGUUGUUGUUGUUGUUGUUGUUGUUUGCAUUCUGCCUGUCACUCCGCUGAUAUUGUGUUGAUAAGAACACAUCUAUGACCUUUUUAAACAUAUUCAUGUGUGAGGGGUUUUUUUUUUCCUUCAUUAUUUAUGUUACUCAAAUAAUUUUAUUGCUCUGUAUUGGCAAUCAUGAUGCUCCACGGUCCAUUCCAGAAUUAUUGGCACCCUUGUUUGUAUAAAAUAAACAUGAUAAUUUGAAAGUUCUUAUGAGAAAAAUCGUUCUCAUAAAAAAAAAAAGGUCUUCUUUUAAAUAAUUAAAUAUUAGUAUUUUCUCUCAAACACACGUGCACCAUCAGAGGAAUAUGAUAUGAAUAUGAGGUUGCACACACAUAAAAUCUCCUUAUUAUCCAUCCAAAGCACUUCAGCACAAAUAAAGACCGGGCUGCCUCUGCCACAGGGUUAUGAUUUGAUCAUAGACGGAUGUUUCAGCGAGACACUGACCCUUGAACCUUGUUGACACUGUGUUGUGAAUCAAUCCGGAGGUCCCUGUGCACAGGUCUAAGAAUAUAAAAGAGAUCACGAUGUGCAUGGAGGAAUGGCCGAGACCUUCUACACCUGCCUCCGACCUCGUCACAGGAGGAGACCCAGUGCUGUUCCUCUCUCCUUACAGGUCUGAGGUUGAAACAUGAAAUGAAAUAUUAAUUUAAUAAUAAUAAUAAUAAUCGUGGGGGGUGCCAAUAAUUUUGAAACAGGUUUUAAAGACAUUGUUACACAUUGUGAUCGAUAUUAUUAUAAUGAAAAUAUUAUAAUAAUGUUACAUUUUAAAAUAAAUAGUAUACAGUGCCCCUGUAUGUGUACGCUCAAAACAUUAUCGCUUAUCGCAUGGGAUUUAUUUUCAAAUAGCUUUUUAUUAUUAUUAUUAUUAUUAUUAUUUUUAGUGAGAGGGGGCCAAUAAUUUUUGAGAGCACUGUGGGUCAAAAGGUUAGAGUGUGUGUGUGUGUGUGUGUGUGUGUGUGUGUGUGUGUGUGUGUGUGUGAGAGAGAGAGAGAGAGAUGGUGAUCAGGUCCUCAGUCAGCAGGUCGGUAAUGAGGAAUCUACAGGAAACACUAAUGAACGAAACGUUUGAUCGUGACGUUAAUCACGGCGAUGACUCACACGUGAAUCUGAAGCUUCCUGAGUUUCCCUUUUCCCUAAAAACCUGGGAUUCGUGGUAGAAAAAGUCAAUAUUUUAAAUAGGUUUGAACUGAAUCUAAAUGAGGAGAAGCGUUAAUAACAUUAGUGUCUCAAACUGCUUGAAAAGAACUGAGUAAUUACAUGUUGAAUUAUUUAAUGAAAUUAUUCAUAAUCGCACGUUAAAGGUUAUUAGCUGUUAAGAAUUUUAUUUCGAUCCUACACUUACUUUUUCUUAAACUUUCAGUCCCUGCAGGAUUUCGUGGAGUUUUUAUUUUUGUGCUUUUUUUGCGGAAAUCUACUCGAAUCGCACGAACUUGAUGUUUGUUGGUCAAUGAGAGCUUUCAGCUGUACUCGUGUUGGACGCACGUGAAUCGAGCAGGGCGUUGUGAUGACGUCACAUGACGCGUCUCGGCAAACACCUGCAGUAAUUGUGAAAAAUCGCACGCGCCUCCGAAUAUCGCAGAGUUUGCUUGGUUUUGCGUUCAUUCCUGCGAUGGUUAAACGAACACGACGUGGACUUUCCCCGGAGCUUUUGUUAAAUAUUCAUUCAGUUUAUAAUAUUUCGUUCGGGUGCAAAUCCAACAGGACUGUCUGAUGGUACGCGUGCAUCAUCAGGAACGCAACACAGAUCGCUUGUGUAUAUUUUAAUUCCAGCCAAGAAGUUACUGCAGCUGUUCUGGAAGGAAAAGGCGGCUCCCGCGGUCCAGUUAUGGCUUAGAGAGUUGAUUUCUGCUUUACACCUGAGCGAAUUAGACCCCGUCUGAAGGGUAAAUUUAAGCAGUUUGAUCAAAUCUGGUACUCCUUUAUCGUGACGGAAGCCCCUGCACUCGUACGUCAUUUUAUUAGUGCAAUGUUCUAACAUUUCCUCAUCGUGCCUCCUCUAAUCAUGUAAACAGGUCUGCUGGGGGAUGGAUUUCUCUGUAUAUGUGUACAAGAAACUGUAAGAAGUUUUGUUUUCCAUUAAGACUUAUUUGACAAAUAUUUAUGCAAUUAAAUCAAAUGAAACGGUCAUGUGUUAAUUAUAAAGUAAAUUGUACAAUGUUGUCUCCAUGUUCACACUGAGAAUAUAAACUGCACUUGUGGAGGAAAAUAUUUACAUAUUUACAAAUAUAUUUCUCUUUCUUCUUAGUUUUGUUGUAAUAUGAUUUCAUGUGAAUAACUGAAUAAAUCGUGUGUACACAA